AUGAAGUUCCUCGGCGCCGGCGGUCUUUCCCUUCUCCUCGGAACUGUGUUGGGCUCUCCUUCCCCACAUGCUGCCGAAGACCUAGAAAGGCGCAACGGCGAAGGGACCUCAGCCAAUUGCAACCAAGUCUACGAUGAGAAGUAUUGCUGGUGCACUGGCGGCAUGGCGGGCCGCGGCAACGUCUGGGAAGGCUUCAAUGGAGCAUGUGGGGAUGCGGCUGGCAAGACCCUGGACGGCAAGGGCGACGAAUUUCACUGGGAGAAGAUCAUCGGCCCUGUGCGCAAGAUUGAUUACUACGUCCGUAACCUGUGCGACAGACCAGUCACCAUUGAUGGCGAUGACUGUCGCUCCAAGUUCAGAGAUCUUAUGAACUGGUGCGAAUGGACUUGGGAUACCCACAAGGGAGGCUACUGGGACCAUGAAUGCCUCAGUUGGGUUUAUGAUGCGAACAGGCGAUAG